AACAAAAACAAAGAAAUAAAAAAGAGCAGUAAUGGGUGUGAUGAGAUCCUCAAGAACUAUGGGAUUAGGGCACUGCAUGGUUUAUCUUGUGGUCCUAAGUGCUAUUGCGGCUACAGUGACAUCAUACCCUUACUCAUCCCCUCAAACUCCAUCUUACAAUUCUCCCGGCCAUGAACACAAAAGCCCUAAGUACGCGCCACAUCCAAAACCAUAUGUUUACAGUUCCCCACCACCACCGUACUACUCUCCUUCUCCAAAGGUUUACUACAAGUCCCCACCACCACCAUACGUCUACAGCUCCCCACCCCCACCGUAUUACUCUCCUUCUCCAAAGGUUUACUACAAGUCUCCACCACCAUACGUCUACAGCUCCCCACCCCCACCGUACUACUCUCCAUCUCCAAAGGUUUACUACAAGUCCCCACCACCACCAUACGUCUACAGCUCCCCACCCCCACCGUACUACUCUCCUUCUCCAAAGGUUUAUUACAAGUCUCCACCACCACCAUACGUCUACAGCUCCCCACCUCCACCGUACUACUCUCCUUCUCCAAAGGUUUACUACAAGUCUCCACCACCACCAUACGUCUAUAGCUCCCCACCCCCACCGUAUUACUCUCCAUCUCCAACAUACGUCUACAGCUCCCCACCACCAUAUGUUUACAAGACGCCUUACUAUUAAUUUUGAAUGGUUUCCUUAACAAGAAACAUGAUUGCAAUCAUUUUGUUUUUAUGAUUUUUUCUCUUGAUUUUUCUGAUUUUGUUUUUG